GGCCGGCUCAGCGAUCCGAGCAAGGCGGGAGCGGCGGGGCCAGAAGGCGGCGCGGGCGAGACAGACAGAGAGAGAAAGAGAGAGAGAGAGAGAGAGAGAGAAAUCUCUUCCACCAGCAGCCGCAGCAUCAAGUCCUUCGCUCUCCUUUCAUUCUUCCUUUCCUUCCUUCCUUCCCUCCCUUCUUCCCUUCGGGACCGAAGCAACCGCGCGAUGUGGCCGGCGUCCCCCGCGCUCCUGCUGCUGCCGAUCGCCUGGGCGACCUGCGCUCUCGCCGCCGCCACCGCCGAUCAGCAGUUCAGCCCCGAGGCCUGGCUGCAACAAUAUGGGUAUUUGCCCCCAGGCAACCUUCGCACCCACACCCUGCGUUCCCCACAGUCGGUGUCGGCCGCCAUCGCUGCCAUGCAACGUUUCUACGGACUUCGAGUGACAGGCACAGCCGACGUGGACACUUUGAAGGCUAUGAAGAGGCCUCGUUGUGGCGUCCCGGAUAAAUUUGGAGCGGAAAUUAAAGCCAACGUGAGGCGCAGGCGCUACGCAAUCCAGGGUUUGAAGUGGCAGCAGAUGGACCUUAGUUUCUGCAUCCAGAACUACACGCCUAAGGUUGGAGAACAGGCCACCUUUGCUGCAAUCCGACGGGCCUUCCGCGUCUGGCAAUCGGUGACGCCGCUGCGUUUCCGCGAGGUGCCUUAUUCGUCUGUGCGGGAAGGCCGCGAACCGCAGGCCGACAUCAUGAUCUUCUUCGCCGAUGGCUUCCAUGGGGAUAGCACCCCGUUCGAUGGCGAAGGCGGCUUCUUGGCCCAUGCCUACUUCCCGGGGCCCCACAUCGGUGGCGACACUCACUUCGACGCAGCCGAGCCUUGGACCUCUCGCAACGAUGACCUCAGCGGAAAUGACAUCUUCUUGGUGGCCAUCCAUGAGUUGGGUCACGCACUGGGAUUAGAGCACUCGAACGAUCCUUCCGCCAUCAUGGCCCCUUUCUACCAGUGGAUGGACACAGAAAACUUCAAGCUGCCAGAAGAUGACCAGCGAGGGAUACAACAGCUCUAUGGAUCUGAAGGCGGCCAUCCCACCAAGCUUCCCCCGAUCCCUCGGACUACUCCGAAACCCCGAAACCCUCACAAGCCCCCCAAGAACCCAACUUAUGGCCCCAACAUCUGCGACGGACGGUUUGACACAAUUGCGGUACUCCGGGGAGAGAUGUUUGUCUUUAAGGAUAAAUGGUUUUGGCGAGUACGUAAUAACCGUGUGAUAGACGGAUAUCCCCUCCCGAUCGGUCAAUUCUGGGUCGGUCUUCCUGCCUCGAUCAACACGGCCUACGAGAGGAAAGAUGGGAAAUUUGUCUUUUUCAAAGGAGACAAACAUUGGGUUUUCAAUGAAGCCAACUUGGAGCCAGGAUACCCGAAACAUAUCAAGGAGUUAGGAAGGAGGCUCCCCACGGAUCGGAUCGACGCUGCCCUUUUCUGGAUGCCGAGUGGAAAAACGUACUUUUUCAGGGGAAAUAAGUAUUAUCGCUUCAAUGAGGAGACCCGAUCCGUUGACGCAGAUUACCCUAAAAACAUUGAUGUUUGGGGGGGAAUUCCUGACUCACUCCGAGGUGCAUUUAUGGGCAGUGAUGAAGCCUUCACCUACUUCUACAAGGGAGACCGUUACUGGAAGUUUAACAACGAGAAACUCAAGGUCGAACCAGGGUACCCUAAGUCAGUGCUGCGAGACUGGAUGGGAUGCGCCACCGAUGACCGUCGCGAGGGAGAAGAAGUCAUCAUCAUUGAAGUGGACAAUGCUGAGGCAGGCGGGCUGAACGCCGCUGCGGUGGUGAUCCCCAUCCUGCUGCUCCUCACCAUCUGCGCCGUGGGAGUCGCCAUUCUGAUUUUCAAGCGUUACGGCACACCCAAACGGUUGCUCUAUUGCCAGCGGUCUCUGCUGGACAAGGUGUGACCGGCCUUUGGAGAUGUUUCAGGACAGGUCUCACCUGCUUUCCACCCUGUCUACCUGCCUGUACGAAUUCGGGUCCGAUCUCUUGGUUGCCACCUUCUAAGUCAUCUUUUUCCUGGUCCUCCCUACUUCUUCAUCCCAUUUUCUGCCAGCCAUCAGCCACUUUCUCUCUCUCCAAGAGCUUUCCUUGACCACAGUGAUCCUUGUUGACCUUCUCUUUUUCUCCUUCCUCUCUUUCGCUCUGCUUCUCUUUCCUUCCUAUGGCGUUAUCCGUUCUCACCCACGGGGCGAGUGGGUGUGCUGAGCACACUCCUUAAUUAAUCCGAUGAGGCAGAAAGUUGAAGAGCCCACUCUACGGGGGUUAUGGCCAGGCCAACCUCAUGGCUACCCAUCUGUUGACCUCGUAUGACCUUCCUGCUUGCAAAACCAGUGGGCCAAAAUCCAUACCAUGAACACUUUAGUUCUCCCGACCGUUCUGUGGAAUUUCAAAUCUAAAAUUGGUCUCUAGCUCUCUCUCUCACCACCUUGCUCGGUCCUUCCUCCCAAGGGCAAAUGGUGGAGGAACCAUCUCGUCUGUGUUGCCAACCAAAAAACCACAAUGGGUAGGGGAGUUAUAGGGUUUGGCUCUUUGGUGGGCGAAGCGUUGUAGAGCUUAGUCUAGAGAUCUACGGCUCUGGAAAGGAAUUACUGUGUUCUGAAGGGGACUUUCUCCUUCCAUUGGGUGAGGGAAGGAGGAAGUGUGAUGGAGUCUUACCAAUCAGAAAUAGCAGGGAGGAAAAUGGGUGGGACGCUAGGGUUGGUGGAUCUGUCCCAAAUGCCAACUUUUUUGGGGGGAGGGGGUAGCGAAGAAUCAUAAAGGGCCUAACCGGUCAGGUGGGAAAAGGGGGUAAGCCGAGCUUUCCUCAUGACGUAAUAAAGUGGACCGUUGGUACCUUGAUCAUAUUGGAAAAUGGGGCAUGUUUGAGAGAGAAAGAGAGGGAGAGAGGGACCAAGAUUAUGUGGGCUACAGGAGAUGUUUGUCCCAUCCGGGUGCCUUCCAGAUGUUGAGAUCUAGGGUCGUCCAAGAAGUCAAGAUGGCCGCUAUCAUUGACUGCCAUCUUGAUUUUUUUUUUUAACUGCUCCCAUGGGCACUUCAGGUUAGGACUCAAUUUUGUUGGACAUUUUGGCUGAGAAUUUGGGGGUGAGAAUUUGGGACUCCUCCAUAUCCCUGGAGGGUACCUGACUGGUGAUGAGGUUCCAGAUGUUGGCAGGGCCACUUCUGGAAGUGUUAACUUCUCCAUCUGGUGAAGUUGGCCUGGUGUUUACAGUGGUCCCUUAAAACAGGGGUUCCCCAACCUUGGCAACUUUUUAAGACUUUAUGGACUUCAACUCCCAGAAUUCCCCAGCCAGCAUGUCUGCCUGAAUAAUUCUGGGAGUUGAAGUCCACUGGCAUUGUCCCUUAAAACAGGGGUCCCCAACCUUAUCUACUUUAAGACUUUAUGGACUUCAUGGCUGCCUGAGGCAUUGGGGGAGUUGAAGUCCACAAAUCUCUAAGUGGCCACGGCUGGGGACCUCUGACUUAAAAUCCAUUCCGGAUUCUGCGAAAAUGAACCAAAAGCAGCAUUUUUUUUUUUUUUUGCAAAACGGGGGGUGGGCGGGAGAAAUGAAUUGCACCAGAGAACUGCCUCAAACUGCCUUAUGAUCCUGUGUCUUGAUUUUUUUAAGUAUUUUAAUUAUUAUAUAGAAAUGCCUUUUUUUUAAAGAAAAAAAUGCAAGGGAUUAAAAAUAGCACAUUAAUGGGAUGUGGGCAUAUAGAAUUGGCAUAGGAGGAGAAUGUCGAAAUCCUGCAGGCCGGGAAUUGGGUGCCUUACAACCCUCCCCUCCCACAAUUUAUGCUCUGAGCAUUUUUUAAAUAAGGGCAGGGGGUGGGUGAUUUAUAUAUUUUCAAAGGGGUCUCCAAACGGAAUUAAACUGUGUUUAACGAUCAAAUUGUUUCUGGGUGGGGUGGGAGGGGUUUAAUAUUGUUUAUUGUUCUACUUUUAUUAUUAUUGUGAUUA